CCUGGAAUGACUUCAUUUCGGUCAGCUCUCCGUGAUCCACAGAGGGUGUUGUGGUAUUGGUUUUGAUAAAACUUCACAACCAAUGGGGAUCUUUUGCAAGUGAGUGUGGAGUGGUCUUAAUGCUGAAAAUACUCCUGUUGGCCAGCCCCCCAGAGCCAUUCAGAUGAGGAAGGGAUGCAGGAAAUUCUGUUGUUUACACGUGUCUGUAACACUGAGCCGCCACAGCAGCCCGCGAGCCCGGAGGUUCACUUCUGGUAUGAUUAAGAAGUCAUGCUUGCCUGUCCUGUUGUUUUACCUUGCGAGAGAAAAAAAAAACCAACUGUGAGUUGUAUUCAAGCCAGAACAGUCCCAAGGCCUGAGAAGAUAAAUAUGAAUUUAGAUUCCAUUCAUCGGCUGAUCGAGGAAACACAAAUCUUCCGGAUGCAGCCGUCCUCCGCGAAGACACCUCGGGACUCGGUGGCACCCGCCUCGGCCCCCGGGGGCCCCUGCGAUGCCUGCUGGCCGCCCAGCGGGCUCCAGCCCCAGGCCGCUCCCCGCGUCUGGGCUCGCUCCCGCCACGCGGACGAGUGGGACGUCUGCGAGGAGCUGCGCCUGCGGGAACUGGAAGAGGCCAAGGCCAGGGCGGCUCAGAUGGAGAAGACCAUGCGGUGGUGGUCCGACUGCACCGCCAACUGGAGGGAGAAGUGGAGCAAGGUGCGCGCCGAGCGCAACAGCGCCCGGGAGGAGGGCCGGCAGCUGCGGGUGAAGCUGGAGAUGGCCGUGAAAGAACUGAGCGCCCUGAAGAAGAGGCAGAGCUCCCCGGAGGCCUCGGAGGCGCGCGUCCCCCAGGACCAGAAGCGUCCUAGCUUCCUGGCAGUGUCCUGCGCGCAAAGGGACCAAUUUCGAGUUGGCCUGAGAACGUGCGAGCCCAGCAGAGAGUGUCUGGUGACGGGAGAAUUUCCUAGAAAGGACAACUCCGGUAGUUUGGAAGAAGGUUUGGUUCUGGACCCGCUAAGACCGGCCAAGGACGUGAAACUCUGUCUGGGCUGCCCCGACUCGUUCAGGAACACUGGCUCGGAAAACGGGGUCCCGGGACCCGGACUGAAGCACCUGCCCUUGCAGAGUGGGGUGCCUGAAAUGGCAGCUUUGCGGGUGCAUUGGGAGGAGUUCCAAAAAAUCUUAAGGAAAGAAAGAGAACUGCGUUCGUCUCUGGAAAAAGAAAUAGAACGCCUGGAGUCAGCUGUGUCUUUGUGGAAAGGGAAGUACGAAGAGCUGAAGGAGUUGACGCUGAAAAAUAGGAAGGAGUUUACCACUCUUCAUGGUCAACCUAAAACUGAAAUGGCAGAACUAUCAGAGGAUGGGAAGGAAAGACCAGAACCUCAAGACAGCCAGGAGAGAGUGAUCUGUGAGUUACGAGCCGAGGAACUGCCGGACCUUCCCCACGCCUACCCCAAACUCGGCAGACAGUACCAGGCGAAAACAGCAGAGCUGACCCAUGCAAGCCACCGGGCGGAUCGGAGUGCAGCCGAGGGAAAGAAACUGAAGUUUCAAGUGGAAGAACUGAAAGAGAGACUCAACCAAAAAGAAGAUAAGCUCAAUGAUGCCCUGAAUCAGAUACGUAAGCUCCAGAGGUCGCUGGAUGACCAGAAAGAAGCAAAUGAAAACUUGGAAACUGAACUCAGGCACUUACAAAACCGGUGAGGACAGUGGCUAGGAGACCGCCCGUGUGUGAAGCGUGAAAGUGGAAGAGAAAAGCUUACACAGUGUUCCAUUCGUGACUGUCGCCCUUGCUGCUAUUGUCGGCCCAACGGGAUUGCUACCUGACCAACCUCUCACGUGUAGAUCACGAAUGUCAAAUAGUGUUAUUUUUCUCUAUAAAGAGAUUCUCGUCUUCCCAGAUUAUCAAAGCAUUUAUGUGAAGUUAUGAUGAAUUGCAUUCUGAGUUUUUUAUCUGUGUGCUUAAUGAUUUCUAUUACUGUCUCAAUAAUUAACUUUAUUGUUAUUUUUGCAUCUCAUUUUCUCUACUAU